ACAGUCACGCACCAGAUAAACACGAAUGUUCGUUCAUUCACCAAAAAGAAAAGAUAAAAAAAAAGAAAUGGCCAAUGCUCUAAGCUAAAGAAAGUCGCUAUAAAGUCUUCUUCUUUCACUUAUAAACCCUCUCCUUUUGCUCCGCCCCUGGAGAAAAUGCUAACCAGACAAGAAUUCCAUCAAAUUCCGCCAACCCACUUCACUUUAUCCCAUUUCCUCCCAUGCCUUUUCUUUAUCUUCUGAUUCGUGAUCGAGACAAUUCGAAUCUUGAUAAAUACUAGUUAACUUUAGUUCAUUUUUUGGUAGAUUGUGAGUUCUUUGGCGCAUGAAGAUUUGAGUAAGGAAAGAUGGAUGCUUUGGCUGUUGAUGAUAUAAUUAACCGUUUGCUUGAGGUUAGAGGAAGGCCAGGGAAACAAGUGCAGCUUUCGGAAUCAGAAAUUAGACAUCUUUGUUUAAGGUCGAAGGAAAUCUUUAUGGCACAGCCUAAUCUCCUUGAGCUUGCAGCUCCAAUCAAGAUCUGUGGGGAUAUUCAUGGUCAGUAUUCUGAUCUACUUAGGCUUUUCCAGUAUGGUGGAUUGCCCCCGAAGUCCAAUUACUUGUUCUUGGGGGAUUAUGUGGAUCGAGGAAAACAAAGUCUUGAAACAAUAUGUCUUCUACUUGCAUUCAAGAUCAAGCAUCCUGACAACUUCUUCCUUCUGAGGGGCAACCAUGAAUGUGCCUCUGUUAAUCGUGUAUAUGGGUUCUACGAUGAGUGCAAACGAAGAUUCAACGUCAGACUGUGGAAAGUAUUCACAGAAUGUUUUAAUUGCUUGCCUGUAGCAGCUUUGAUAGAUGACAAGAUAUUGUGCAUGCAUGGAGGACUUUCUCCGGACCUGCAUGAUGUGGAUCAAAUUUUAGAACUACAGCGUCCAACUGAUGUUCCAGAGAGUGGCUUGCUUUGUGAUCUCCUAUGGUCAGAUCCAAGUAAGGAUGUUAAAGGAUGGGGGAUGAAUGAUAGGGGAGUGUCAUAUACCUUUGGCCAUGAUAAGGUGUUAGAAUUUCUUGAGAAGAAUGAUCUGGAUCUUAUCUGCCGGGCUCACCAGGUUGUGGAAGAUGGAUAUGAGUUUUUCGCUGAUAGACAACUUGUAACAAUAUUCUCUGCCCCUAACUACUGUGGAGAAUUUGACAAUGCUGGUGCAAUGAUGAGCGUCGAUGAGACUUUGAUGUGCUCUUUCCAAAUACUAAAGCCUGCUGAGAAGAAGUCAAAAUUUGGUUUUGGGAGCACCAGAAGAACUAAAACUGGAAACCUUCAUGCAAAGACAAAGUCAUUUCUUGGUAAAGUAGGAUGAGUUUUGUUCAGCUGCAGAAGGAAUUCCUUAAAUACUUGCUGAUUACAUCUGUGCCAUACAAAGCAUGAAGAUGAGAUGAAAGUUCUGCAAACCAUGUUGGUCGAAGGGACAGAGAUUGAAACACCAUAUAGCAGGGACAGUAGAUUGAAGAUUUCUUUCCCUUGGCAGUUGCCUCUGGGGAAGCUGUAAUAAUUGUCUAUGUUGCAGGCUGAUUUUGUAAGAGUUGGAUUUCUGAAAAAAACCAAAUACUCUUAUUGACUCUAAAAGCUGGGGUAGAAGGGAUUUGGUAAUCCUUUUUACUCAUUAUGAGGGAGGCAUUAGGUGUGAGAAUAUAUGGUGGAACUAGAUAACUGUUGCAUGUUGUAUAUGCUUUAAUGACUGUAGUGAACCAUUUUUAUCUUCCAGCUAGAUCCUUCAGUUUUUUCCUUGUAAUUAUGCUUAAAACCCCAUCUAGUUUCCUGAA